CUGGCGGGCGGGGGCCUCUCCCUGCUGGCCAACGCCUGGGGCAUCCUCAGCGUGGGUGCCAAGCAGAAGAAGUGGAAGCCGCUGGAGUUCCUGCUGUGCACGCUGGCGGCCACGCACAUGCUCAACGUGGCGGUGCCCAUCGCCACCUACGCCGUGGUGCAGCUGCGGCGGCAGCGCCCCGGCUACGAGUGGAACGAGGGCCUCUGCAAGGUCUUCGUGUCCACCUUCUACACCCUCACCCUGGCCACCUGCUUCUCCGUCACCUCCCUGUCCUACCACCGCAUGUGGAUGGUCCGCUGGCCCGUGAACUACAGGCUGAGCAACGCCAAGAAGCAGGCGGUGCACACGGUCAUGGGCAUCUGGAUGGUGUCCUUCACCCUGUCGGCCCUGCCUGCCGUCGGCUGGCACGACACGAGCGAGCGCUUCUACGCCCACGGCUGCCGCUUCAUCGUGGCCGAGAUCGGCCUGGGCUUCGGCGUCUGCUUCCUGCUGCUGGUGGGGGGCAGCGUGGCCCUGGGCUCCGUGUGCACAUUCACGGUGCCCACCAUCGUGGUAGAGGACGCGCAGGGCAAGCGCCGCUCCUCCAUCGAGGGCUCCGAGCCCGCCAAGACCUCGCUGCAGAUCACGGGCCUGGUGGCCACCAUUGUCUUCAUCUACGACUGCCUCAUGGGCUUCCCCGUGCUGGUGGUGAGCUUCAGCAGCCUGCGGGCGGACGCCUCGGCACCCUGGAUGGUGCUGUGCGUGCUGUGGUGCUCCGUGGCCCAGGCCCUGCUGCUGCCCAUCUUCCUCUGGGCCUGCGACCGCUACCGCGCCGACCGCAAGGCCGUCUGGGAGAAGUGCACCGCGCUCAUGGCCAACGAGGAGGACUCGGGCGAUGACACCAGCCUGGAGGGGGGCCUGCCCCAGGACCUGGUGCUGGAGCGCUCCCUGGACUACAGCUGUGGGGACGACUUUGUGGCCCUGGACAGGAUGGCCAACUAUGAGCUGCCCCUGGAGGGGGCCCUGCCCCAUCUCUACCCGCUGGGGCCCUUGCAGGAGGACAAGAUGCAGUACCUGCAGGUCCCGCCCACGCGACGCUUCUCGCACGAAGAUGCGGACCUCUGGGCCGUGGUGCCGCUGCCCGCCUUCCUGCCGUGCCCAGCCCUCCGAGGGCUGUCGAAGGACGUGGGCUUCUAG